AUGGCCGCGCCGUCCUUCUCGUCCUUUCCACCUUCCUUUGGCUCGUUUACCGAUGCGGAUACAAGACAGCAACAUUCCCAGCAGAACAAAUCGGUACGCCGUAGCCAAUCGUCCACAGACGAGGUUCAAGCAACUACUGGUCCCGGCGAAUAUGUUCCCAAGGAGAAACGUCGGCAGCUUGAUGUCCAUCGUUCUAAGACCCGGGACAAGAAACAUCGAGGAAGAGAGCACGAACGGCAUGGAAGACUUGCUGAUGUGGAUACAGAGGACCACAUUCAGUCAUUGCGGCAGGACGCACUUGAAGGCAUCGAGCCGCGCACGCGACCUCUGUACAUCACAGACCGCAAAGGCGAUCCUUUGAAUGUGCAUUAUGGAGGUCUACAUGCAGGUGAUGUCCCGAAGUACCGGCUGUUAAACCAUGGAAGAACCAUCCUUGGGCUUGGUGACGCUUUCAAGGUGGUGCAUCGUGGACGGAAGGGCAUUGAAAUCGGCUUAGGGAAUCGUCGACGACAACCCGCUCUCACCGACAAGGCAACUCGUGAAUUGCUCAGUGCACCACCCGUUCGCAGCUACGCGGCAUUGUCAGGAUCCAAAUACAAGUACAACGAAAUCGACGGAUUUCUCCGCCUCCCCUCUUCUCGUGCAGCCUAUCACAACCAAGCCUACCGAUCGAUUGGCCGCGUUGAAGGCAGCCAUGAAUCUGAUAGCUCGUCUGAUGGUGACUCUCGCGAUUCCAGUGGCUCUCAGGAUGACUCAGGUUCCGAGGACGGCAUCCAUCUCAAUAGUCAUCAACUUGCAGUGAAGGCGGCCGAACAGAAGGUCUCGCAAGAUCCCUCCGAUUUGUCUGCGUGGUUCGACAUCCUCGCGUUCUCUCUGUCGACCAUCCCACCUCUGUCGAAGGACGCAACGAAAGCGCGGGCCGAGAUUACCAUCACCGUCUUGGACCGUGCUUUCAAGGCCUCCACAGAAAACAACCAUUCCGUCAGUCUGUGGCUCAGGUACAUUGCUGCUCACGAAGAACUGCUGGAGGCAGGAGAAGUCAACUAUGUGUGGGAGAAAGCAAUCCAAAAUGCAGGGAGAGGCGCGGACAAGGCGGACCUCUGGAUAGAAUGGCUGGAUUGGAGUAUAAGAAGAAGUGCACGCGGCAUGGACGGGAUCCUCGAGGCUGCAGUACGGGCAGUGAGGGCUUUGCAUCUGGAUGAAAUCGGUCGUUUGAGAGUAUUGUGGAGAGUGGCUGUGGCUUUCCGAGAUGCUGGCUUCUCUGAGCGAGCUACAGCAGUGUUUCAAGCGCAGGCAGAAUUAACAUUCGGCAUCCCGCAGUCUCUUUAUGGUCUACCUCUCGAACGCCAGCUUGGUGCUCUGGAAGAGUUUUGGGACUCGGAGCAUCCGCGCCUCGGCGACGAGGGUGCCCGAGGUUGGGCUGCUUGGGUCAGCGGAGGACGGCCCGAGCAUCGCGCCUUCGUGCAGACUGUACCACUUCCAGCACCGGACGUCACGACAUCCGACCCUUACGCUCGAUGGGCUACCGAGGAGUAUUUGAGUGACCAUCACUUGAACCUUCCCAAGCGUUCUGCUCACGAUACGAGCAAUGAUGCUGACCCCUACUCGGUCAUCAUGUUUUCGGAAGUACAACCGCUGCUCAGCCUGCUGACUACCCGGGAGGCCAAGUUGAUCUUCCGUUUGUGCUGGUUGUCCGACCUUGGAUUGCCUAUUCCAGGAUUAACGACUGCUAUGAGCCCCUCAUCGACUGAUGAUCGAUGGGCAAGCAGCUAUCUGGCAACCCCAUCACAUCUCUCCGCUAUAUUCCCACCUGCAACUAUGGCCAAGCGACGUAUCACAGCAGAUUCACAUGCCGGCGUUCUGGUAGGAAGAGAACGGGAAUACGCGUCGUGCGGACCUUGGUCGCCUGUUAAAUCAUGGGGGCGCGAUACGUUUGGUCCCCUUGAUAGCCUCGCUACCCGGCUCCGUGAAUCGGACAGGUCGAGGGAAGGGGGUCUCAGGUGGUGGUCGCUAGAAGACGUACAAGAUGUUGACGUGAAUUUGGUAAGACGAGUCUUCGAACAUUGCCGUUGCGGUCCACAUGACAUCGAAUGGGAUACUCUGGCACUUGCCUUCGAAGCGUGCAUCGACGUGAAGAGUGCCAUCAAACUUUCCAAAAGCUUAUUAGCUGACACGCCUGAUUCUGUGCAACGCUGGACUGUGCAUGCGCGGUUGGAACGCAUCCGUGGUCGCAUGGACGAUGCUCGCAAGGUUUACAAGGUUGUGCUGAGCGAAACCAAUGUCUCAGCGACAACACCUUAUGCCGUGCAACUUAUCUGGGAUUACGCUGAAGCGGAAUGGAUCAAUGGGGACAACGACGCGGCAAUGCAUGCCAUCUCUCGCGCUGUCGGUAUCAGAAGCUUUACCGGUGUCGGCCUACUCCGCACCAAACGCUCCUUGGAGGAAAUGGUUGACCAUGUACGAGAUGGACUAUGGAAAGACAGGGAAUCGUGGAUCAAGCUACAGGCUUUGUUGGAGUUGCUCACGUCCUCGCACAAAUCAGCCAUGGCGGUAUUUGAUGCCCACCUCUCGGAAACGGAGGGCACCGGAGAGGGUCGUCGUCGCGAGAGUUUGACAAUUGCGUCCCUUGUCAUGCUCUAUCACCACUCCAUCGUACUGCGGAACCCUAUGCCUCCCUCUAUCCUGCGUGAACGCCUCUACAGGGCCGUAGAAGCUUUUCCUGGAAACACGAUCAUUCUAGGCAUGUUCCUUGAGGCGGAGAAAGGGCAGGGGCUGUGGGGUCGCGUGCGUGGUGUGCUGGGGGAAACGGCGGUCAACGGCGUUGUCCAAGAGAAGGACGUGGCGCGGCGCGUGGCGGAGGUCUUGAUUGCCGGGUGGGAAAGGGGGCGAUGGGACGAAGAGAAGGAAAGAACCAGAGGUGGAUUGUCCGCAGCCGUGCAAAAUGUCCGAACGCGCGGAAGUGCUGUGAUAUGGAGGAUAUAUCUCGAGUUCGAGAUUCGCUGCGGCGAGUUCGUGCGAGCGAAGAACCUCCUGUACCGGGCGGUCGCCGAAUGCCCUCUCAAUAAACAACUGUAUUUACUGGCGUUUGGGCCUUUGCGCUCUACGUUCACUGCAGCGGAGUUGGACAGCCUCGUAGAAACGAUGGCCGAGCGCGGGUUGCGACUUCGCAGGGGUCUGGACGAGGUCGCUACAUCAUCACCGGCUGGGUCUGUACACUGGGCCCCCGCGUCACGGUCGGAAGACUAUGGCGAGGAGGAGAUCGAGGAGCGGGCGAGGGAGAUGCGACGGUUGCGUCCAUAUUGAGGCGAAUGUACUGACACUGAACACGGAACGGAUUAAU